AUGGAUUACCUGCGCCAGGGGCAUCUACCUGCGUGGUUACGCGCAGAAGCAGCCGAAGCAGGAAUACAAGAAGGAAGCCUUUCGAACUGUUCUCGGACAUGGCUGGAGAACGUGAAGCGCGAAGUGGCGCUGGAAGCGGCAGAACGCCAGCAGGCCCAGGCACGCCUGAGCCAGUCGCAGUUCCAGCACCAGGACGCGGGCGGCUACAGCGCCGACGAGGAAGCGGCGCAGGUGGAGGCCGAACGCCAGGGCGUCGCGCAGCUGCAGCGCGACGAGCCGAAGAUCGGCCGCAACGACCCGUGCCCCUUGCGGCAGUGGGCAAGAAGUACAAGCACUGCCACGGCCAGCUGA